AUGAGCUCGGUGGGCAACAACUCAGCGUCAGUUUUUAAGGGCGUGGACGUCCACACCAUGAGCAACCACUUCUCGCAUCAUACCAGCGAGCUUCCUCUUGAUCAGCUGAUUGUCCGCCGAGGACAGUCCUUCAAGGUCACUUUGAACUUGACUAAGCCCUUCAAAAAAGGCGUUGAUUCUCUCACCCUCGUCGCUUCCACUGGAGGCAAACAUGCUUCGGAGGAGAACGGCACCUCAUGUCGCUUCGGCAUCCCUGACCCGACAGGCGGACGGUCCUCCGCCAAAGCGGUGUGGAAGGCCACACUGGACAGCGGCUCCACCUCCUCCUCCCUGGCUGUGCUCAUCACGCCCCCUCCUGAUGCCCCCGUUGGCAAGUACACUCUCAAUGGCUUGCUGUGGGGCGAGGAUAAGACGUUGGCCACCUUCAUGCUCCUCUUCAACCCCUGGUUCUCGGGUGACGCUGUCUUUAUGUCAGAUGAGCAGGAGAGACGAGAGUAUGUGCUGAAUGAACACGGAGUCAUCUUCAGAGGAAGUUCAGAUUACAUAUCACCUUUGACCUGGGACUAUGGACAUUUUGAAGAUGAUAUGGUGGAUAUUUGCCUCCACAUCCUGGAUAACAAUGUCAAGUACAAAAAGGACCCCGGCAGCGAUCUGGCGGCCCGCUGCGACCCCGCUUAUGUGGGCCGUGUGGUCAGUGCUAUGGUGAACAACUUUGACGAUAGCGGCGUGUUGAUGGGCAACUGGUCUGACUCUUACGCGGGCGGCUAUUCGCCAUCACACUGGAGCGGCAGCCACGACAUCCUCAGCAAGUGGAAGAAGAGCGGAAGUCCGGUCAAGUAUGGGCAAUGCUGGGUCUUCGCCGGUGUCAUGUGUUCGGUCAUGCGUCUGCUGGGCGUGCCCACCCGCGUGAUCACCAACUUCGCCUCGGCGCAUGACACCGACGCCAACCUCACCAUUGACGUCUACCACGCUGACGAGGGCGCGGAGCACAGAGACUCCGACGACAGUAUUUGGAACUACCACGUGUGGGUGGAAUCGUGGAUGAAGCGUCCCGACUUGAAGGCCGGCGGCAAAUUCGAUGGCUGGCAAGUUCUGGACGCCACGCCUCAGGAGCUCAGUGAUGGUUUGUACCAGUGCGGCCCUGCCUCUGUUUCGGCCGUCUUCCGGGGCGAGACGGACAUGCCGUACGACGUCCCCUUCGUCUUCGCCGAGGUCAACGCGGACUGUGUGGACUGGCUGAUCAAAGCUGACGGCACCAAGGAGGCCAUGAAGUCCUACACCAAACGCGUCGGGAAGAAGAUCUCCACCAAAGCUGUCGGCUCUGACGAGAGGGUCACAAUCACCAACUCCUACAAGCACAAGGAGGGCUCCGAAGAAGAACGUGCCGUGUUCAAUUACGCCAUCAGCGAUGACAAAGAGAAUGCCGUCGGCGGUUCGGCGACGGAUGGAACCCCCCCGCCUCAACUCUCCUUGCAGUUCGAAGAAGUUUCACAGCCAAAAUACGGGCAGGACGUGCAGCUGAAGUUGGUGUUAAGCAGCGAGAGCAAAGUGGAUAGGAACCUUAGCAUCCACAUCACCGUGGAGGCUCUUCGCUACAAUGGCACCUUUGUCGCCACCGUCCAUACCCAAGUCAAAGAAGAGACGCUGAAGCCUUCCACAGAGCUUACCGUGCCUAUCAACAUCCCAGUGAAGUCAUACUACAAGCACAUGCGCCAAGCCGACAGCUUGAACGUGGCAGCCAUAUUGUCAGACAAACGCCAUCCUGAAAUACCUUACCUGGCUGAGGACAAUGUGGUCCUGCAAGACCCCCCUGUCAUUAUCAACGUUGACGGUGAUGCCAAAAAGAACGCAAAGAUAUUCAUAGAGGUGGUCUUCAUGAACCCCCUCCAGGAGACCUUGACAGACGUGAAGCUCACCCUGACGGGAACCGGCGUGUUCCGCGAAGAGGUUGAACUGAGUCUUCCCAACUUGAAACCCAACAAUCGCAUCCGCAUCAAGAUGCAAGCUACGCCAUACAAGGCGGGAAAGAAGACAAUUAUUGCCGACAUAAGUUCUAGCAUUUUUAAAGAUUUCAAAGGCUUUGCCGACAUCAAUAUAAGACCGGCUUAA